GCUUUACAGAUGACAGAGACGCCAUUUUGAAAAGCAAAUUGUUCAUAGCACACCCGCACUGAGAACUGGAACUAUGCCGCGGGGCCGGCCUCGCAAACUGAGAGUUAUAAGCAACGACGAGACAGAUCCUAAUGAUAACAAAGUGGUCGGUUUCAGUGAUGGCGAAGUCAAGGACAAGAAGUGUGCGAUGUGUUCGCAUAUAUUUACCACGGAGAGCCAGCUGCAGAAGCAUCUCCGUGAGCAUGAGAUCAAUGACAAGCCUUAUCGAUGUGACCAGUGCCCACAGACGUUUAAUGUGGAGUUCAAUCUCAGGAUCCACAGGUCCACACAUGCCACCUCGGACUUUACCUGUCCUGUUUGCUAUAAAUCAUUCUCCCGCAUUGCUAGUCUCAAAUCCCAUACUAUGCUGCAUGAGAGGGAAGAGAAUUUGAUCUGUGUCGAGUGCGGGGAUGAGUUCGUUCUUCAGAGCCAGCUCUCUCUGCACCUGGAGGAGCACCGCAAGGAGUUGUCCGGCACCAAGGUCUACACUUGCAAGACGUGCGGCAAGGAGCUCAAGACAUCUGCACAUCUUAAGGAGCACAUGAGGAAUCACAUCAAAAUGAGACCCCUGUCCUGUAAUUCCAGAAACUACAAAAAAAACAUUGAUCGCAGUGGGUUCACCAACAGUUGCCAUCAUUGUGGAAAGGCUUUCAAAAAGCCCAGCCAGCUUGUCAGACACAUACGAAUACACACAGGAGAAAGGCCCUACAAGUGCUCACACUGCAGUAAGGCUUUUAACCAGAAGGUUGUGCUGCAGACUCACAUGGUGAGACACACUGGGGAAAAGCCUCACCUCUGCAUAUUCUGCCCAGCUUCCUUUUCCCAAAAGGGGAACCUGCAUUCCCAUGUUCAGAGAGUUCAUUCGGAGGCAAGAGGUGUGCCGUUGUUUCCGUGUUUGGACUGCAGCUGUGUGUUUAAGAAGUUGGGCAGUUUGAAUGCACACAUCAGCAAGAUGCACAUAUCUGUGAUCGAUGUACCGUCCAGCGCUUCGGAAACAGACACAGGAGGUCCUGCGGGGUCCGAGGGCGGAGAGGCAGUCACAGAUGUCAUCCAGCAGCUUCUUGAACUCUCUGAACAAGUCAGUGGAGAAACACCCCAGGCCCAACCCCCAGAGCCAGCUAUUACCAUGGAAACUGCCAUCAACCAAGACAUCCUGCAGCAAGCUUUGGAGAACAGCGGACUGAGUGUGGCACCAACACAAAAUGAGAAUGGCAGUGACAGAAAGCCUCAGAACCAGACAUCGGAGGGUGCCAAUGUGGUGGUGAAAAAGACGUCCCUUCCAGAUAAAGUUGCCAGAGAAAGAAAAAGAAGCAUUUUCAAGAAACCUGUACAAAUGCCAGGAUCCAUCAGGGAGGAAAAUGGCAUCCGCUGGCAUGGCUGCCCAUAUUGCUCCAAGGAAUUCAAGAAGCCGAGUGACCUUGUCCGCCACAUCCGCAUCCACACCCACGAGAAGCCUUUCAAGUGCAAACAGUGCUUCAGAUCAUUUGCUGUCAAGAGUACCCUCACAGCGCAUAUGAAAACCCAUACGGGCAUAAAAGCAUUUGAGUGUCAGUGCUGCCUGAAGUGUUUCUCCACUUCUGGUAGCAUGAAGGUGCACAUGCGGCUGCAUACGGGUGUUCGUCCUUUCUCCUGCCCUCACUGUGAUAAGAUCUUUCGCACAUCAGGACACAGAAAAACACAUAUAGCCUCUCAUUUUAAAAACUUGCAGCAGAAGAAGCACAAGUUUCCACGAAAAGCAAACAAAGCUAAAGUGUCAAAGAACAAUUUACCCUUACCUGACAUCCCACUGCAAGAGCCCAUACUCAUUACUGACUUUGGCCUCAUGCCAUCUCAGAACCCUCGCCUGGCUUUCCAACAGUACCUGGAGGUGGUGGGCACUGAUAGGCCAUAUAAGUGCCAGUUCUGCAAUAAGGCUUAUAAAAAGUCUAGCCAUCUGAAGCAGCAUGUUAGGUCUCAUACAGGAGAAAGACCAUACAAAUGUGUGCAGUGCGGUCGAGGUUUCGCAUCUUCAGGGGUUCUCAAAGCCCAUAUCAGAACCCACUCAGGACUUAAGGCGUACAAGUGUGUCAUGUGCGACACAACAUUCACCACCAGCGGUAGCCUACGACGCCACAUGACAACACACAGUGACCUACGACCUUACAUGUGCCCUUACUGCCAAAAAACCUUCAAGUCAUCUCCAAACUGUAGAAAACACAUGAAGACGCACAGAUAUGAACUGGUUCAUCAGCUGCAGCCACAGCCAUCGGAAGACCCUCUUGGAGCUGGCACUGUGCCGCAUGAAAUGCAGGUGGACAUGGAGGACAACACGCUUCAGCAACAACCUGCCAAUUCAAAUGAGCAAGAAAACAUGCUGGCUCUUGGCCAAGCAGAGGGUGUAAACGGAAGCCAAACAACACUUGAAGCACCAAUGACUGACCAACCACUACAAGGAGAAGACUCAUAUGUGACUGCCCAACAUGCUUUGUCUCAGAAUAUCACCCAGUUUGAAACGGCGGCCCUUCCUCAGCCCACUUUUGACCAGCAAGCUUUAACACAAGGCUAUACAAUGGCUGAGUCGAGUUACAACCAGGGCCAGUUCUCCACUGUCCAGCAGCUACAAGAUUCCAGCACCCUUGAGUCCCAGGCCCUGUCCUCCAGCUAUCACCCGCCGAGUCUGCUUCAUGAUCCCAAUGCUGAAGUGACAAACGGACUUCUUCAGCAGAACAGUCAGGAAGACCUGCAGCUGAACACCGAGCCACAGGAGUACCAAGAAGACAGUGAAGACAACAUCAAGCGAGCAUACAGGUGCAGUUGGUGUAACAAAGGUUUCAAAAAAUCUAGUCAUUUGAAACAGCAUUUGCGUUCACACACUGGAGAGAAACCAUAUAGAUGUCCCCUCUGCGGAAGAGCUUUUGUGUCAGCUGGGGUGCUCAAAUCCCAUCUGAAUACACAUACAGGAGUGAAGCCCUUCAAGUGUAACAUUUGUGACGCCUCAUUCACGACCAAUGGCAGCCUGAACCGCCACAUGAUCAUCCACGCCAAGUCGUUCAAAUGCUCCAUUUGUGACGAAAGCUACAGGACAAGCCUGCUGUGUAAAAAGCACAUGAAAAAAGAGCACGCAGUAGAGGAGAAAGUUAUUGGUUCGGAAGGUAUGGAAGUGGACCAAGAGGAUGAGGAGGAAGAUGAGGAGGAGGAGGAGGAAGAAGAUGAAGGGGAUCCAAAAACAUCUAAAAGAAGGGGUACGGAAAUCAUCACUUUUACGGAGGAGCAGACGGCAGAACUGGCAAAGGAUCCUGGUGAAGAGGCAUCUGUGUCAGAGAGAAUCCUUGCCCAGUCCGCAGCGGAGAGGGAUCGCAUCAGCGAGAUUAAAGACAAAGCAGUGGAGCUAGAAACAGAGCCCAAGUUUGCCAACUGCUGCAAUUACUGCCCCAAAAGCUUUAAGAAGCCCAGCGACCUUGUCAGACACAUUCGAAUACACACAGGAGAGAGACCCUACAAGUGUGAUGAAUGUGGAAAGAGUUUUACGGUCAAAUCUACUCUGGAUUGUCACGUUAAGACACACACAGGUCAGAAACUGGUCAGCUGCCACAUGUGCAACACAUCCUUCUCUACUAAGGGAAGCCUAAAAGUGCACAUGCGCCUACACACUGGUUCCAAGCCUUUCAAAUGCCCUUUCUGUGAGCUCCGGUUUCGGACUUCUGGCCAUCGCAAAACCCACAUCCAGUGCCACUUCCGGGCUAAUGGUGAGAGCCGAAAAUCCAAGCGUACCUCCUCUUCUUCUGGUCAGACCAGUCACAUUCAAGAUUCAGACACCGGGCAUGCUGGGGCCUCGGAUCAAGGCCAGCAUACAACAUCGUCAGAAGCACUUCAGCCUGUGGGGAUGCUACAAACCUCCAACUCCGACUCUAAUAUUUACCUCCCAGCAAACCAAGUGCUGACAGGGCAGUUUGACCAGAAUCUGUUACAGUCGGGACUGGUGGGACAGGCAAUUUUGCCUGCCUCUAUGUCAGGGGAUCUGAAUGUCUCCCUCUCUGAUGGUCUGACCACAUUGGAGAGUAUUCAUCUCCAAUUGACACCUGCCAAUCUGGUGUGCCCGAAUGUGCAAAUCUCUGGCAUUGACGCAGGCAGCAUAAACAACAUCACCCUCCAGAUCGACCAGGCACUCCUUCAGCAGACGCUACAGCACAGCGGCCUACUUUCCCAGCCUCUAAGUGUCGACACUGGCCUUGUCCUCCACUCCGGCAGUCAGCUCAUGUCCACCAGUGACCCCUCUGUUUCGGCAAAUGUUGUCAUCCACCCCCUGAACAGUCUGACCUUGCAGCCCUCCAACAUUGCACCUGCCCAGGUCACAAUGGCUGGCCUUUCAGAACAAGACACUGCAAGCUCUCAGGACCUGAGCCAUGUCAUGGGUAGUAAUACAAGCAAUAGCAGUCAGGAGAUUACACUCACAAUCAAUAAUUCCAGCCUGACACAAGCCCUCGUACAGGCCCAAGAAACAGCUACUGGCACAAACACAUCAGGAACCCCUCAGGAGAUCACACUCACCAUAUCAGGUCAAGAUCUAAUCUCCCAGCACGGAAACCCCAACAGUGCAGAGAUGAACGGCAGCAUCAGGCUGGCAUCACCGCUCACUACCCAACCCACCAGCGCCACUCUGACUAUUUCCAAUGACCACCUUCUACCUCAGAAUCCCACCAACACUGGAAUGGCUGUCACCAGUCUUGCAUCAAGCACUACGCUGUCACACACCUCAUCUCAAAGCCUAGUUUUGUCACCAGGAGUUGUGGCCAAUGAUGGCAGCGUAACACUCACCAUUGCAGAUGCCCAGGGAAUGCUCGAUGGCGUCACUGUGAACCUCAACACACAGGCUCAGACGUUCCCCGCAGUACUGAAUGACUCCAGUCUGCCACAAGGACAGCCUGCCACUUCAGGACAGCCAGUGCUGCUGGUCAGCCAUCAUUCCCAAUCUACAAUAGGAACAUCUGACAAUGGAUAUCACAUGGCGAAUAAAGGCCGUAAGGGCGACAACGGUGACUCCACUGAGGCUGAUAAUCAGCACACUUGUUUCUUCUGCGCUCUUGUGUUCCAAAAUGCCAAUUCUCUCCGCCGCCAUUGCCGACAAGCUCACAGCAAUGACCGUUGCUAUGUCUGCAACAUCUGCAACAAGGCUUUCAAGCGAGCAAUGCACCUGAAGGAACAUGAGCGAGUACACCAGCCAGGCCCAUCGCCGAGCUCCCUCAAACCUAGAGACUUCAGCUGCUCCUCGUGUGGGAAGGCAUUCCCUAAGCCCAGUCAACUGGAAAGACACAACCGCACACAUACAGGAGAGCGGCCCUUCAAGUGUUCUCAGUGCGACAAAGCCUUCAAUCAGAAGAGUUCACUGCAGGUGCACAUGGUCAAACACACGGGCAAAAAGCCCUUUAAGUGUGAGAUUUGCAGCAUCAGAUUCACCCAGAAGAGCAACAUGAGACACCACAUGAAACGAGCCCACGGCUACGGUCAGAGUCAGGAUGUGACGUUGCGUCAAGAAGAGCAACCAUCACAGGUCACAGUAACACCUGAACUUGACCUGGAAGUGGUGCCCGAGUCAUCUGGAGAUUGGCAUAAUGUCUUCCCGUUAAUGAAUACCGAAAAGACUCUUUAGAUAACAAAAGUUUAAGAAAACAAAGUUUUUCCAGACACCCUUCAUCCGAUUUUCAUCAAUGUCAUAACCUCCCGAGAUGUCUGUCCUAUUAAAUCUGCUGUAUAUCACAGAUAGUCGGCUGCCUCGGUGGCGUUGGCGUUUCGAACAAGCUUUAAUCUCACCCGCUUUCUGGUGCGACCAUGUAAGUGACGCCCCACAAAUACACACACGCGCAGCGAAAGAAUAACGACACGUUGCAAAGGAAGUGUUUGGAAACUGAUUUCACUCACUGGUUCAAUAACAAUGUAGCAACCAUAGCAUUUAUUUUUACAUCCAUUCGUCCUCUAAGAUCUCUUAUGCUCUUUAGCGUCAUCUUCGCAGGCCAGAGUGGCAGUUUUUACACAGUUUUCUCAAGGCAUUCAAUCAAUCGCAACUGGACUAUUCACUUUGUCUCCGAAGGAGUUUUGCCUCUCAUAUGAGCAGACUUCAUGAUUUCAUGCUCACAGACUUAGACUGGUCAGAUCUAGUUUGAGCGCUUGGUUCCAAAGCCCAAAUUAUUUAUCCUCUACAGCAAGGGUGUCAGGCCCGCAAACAGGUUUUAUCCGGCCCGCGGGAUGAGUUUGCUAAGUAUAGAAAUUAACCUGACAUUUUUGAAUGAAAGAAACAGUUGUUCUAAAUGUGUCCACUGAAUGUCGCAAUAGCAAUUCUUUGUAUCUUUGUAGAUGAUGCUACAUAUGUACAACAUAAACCACGUUAUUAGUACAUCAGUUAAGGAAAAUUAUCAAACUACGUAAAUAACAUACUGUGAUUUAAUUUUGAUAUCAUUUUUUUCAUCUAGAUUGAAAAUUUACAGCAAUGAGUUGACUGAUAAACAUUAUCACAUCAUUUAUUCAGAAAAUAUGAAUAAUGACAAAAAAAGUAAGUAUACUACUAACCACAGCAGGUAACUGUAAAAAAAAAACUACAAAAACAUUAUGAUUUGUACAAUUUCAGAAUGUCCCUGUUCUAUUUUCAAACGGAGAAAACCAUCCCAAGUUGUCUUUAUUUUUGAGUUAUCGUGCCGUAAUUUUUCUCCACGUGGCCCUCGAUCUAAAAUGAGUUUGACGCCCCUCCUCUAAAGGAGGGUUGCAUGCAAAGACAAGAAUGGUGUUGUUCUAUUCUGGUGCAGAAUGGCUGUUAAGAUGCAAGGAAGCGACAUCUAUGCCAACACAACAGCAGGAGGAAAUCCCAAUUCUUUUUUCCCACCGCAUCUUAACAACUGUUUUGCACCAAAUUAGAGCGAAACCAUUUUUGUAUUCUGUAUCACGGAAAGGCAGUUGCCUAGAUGGCCACUAUCCUCUACAGGAGAGGUGCGUGCCCAGACAAGAAUCCUACUGUUGUGUUGGCAAAAGUGACGCUCCUUUCCGUCCUAUCAGCCAUUCUGCAGCACGAUAGCGCAAAACCAGACGACAGUUUGGAUUUGGGCACAGCUAAUAGGACUAGAUCUGACCAAUUCAAGUCUGUGAGCAUUAACGGAUAAAUGUAGUCUAAUGAGUGGCAAUUGUCCAAGACAAAAUGAGCAGUCCAGCUGUGAUUGAUUGUAUACUCCGAGAAUAGAUCCCUUGUGCUCACUCACCAUGUCUUCUUAAAUCAUAGGUACAAGAUUAUUGUGUGCAGAGAUAUAUCUUACCUGCUGACAGUUUUGGGUGACCCUUCAGCCUUUGUCAAAGCUGUAUCAAAAAGCAGGCAAGAAACAUUUCCUACUCAAAAUAAAAACAUAAUUUUUUCUGCACAUAGAAUCUUGUGCAUAUGCCCUAAGAAUACAAUGUCCGAGAUCAGUGGUUCUCAUACUUUUUCCACCAAAUACCACCCUAAGAAAACACUUGGCUCUGCAAGUACCACCAUAUUGACCGACAUUAGAAUACAGUACCUUAGUAGGCCUAAGAAUUCAUUAAAAAAACAAGGCAAAGGUUUUAUUUAACAAAUAUGUUUAAUAUUUUGGACAUUACACACAGUUUAACCAGUAACACUGUCUUUGAAUAAAGGAAAAUAAAACACGGUACUAAAAAUAAUGAAUCAAAUCUUUGUCCGACCACUAAAUGAAGCACGCUUACCACAGUUUGAGAACCCCUGCCCUAGAUGAAUGAAAAUAUUCAUAGCCAUUUUUUCUAAAGUUAAAUUUUUCAUUGAGACAACUGUCAACAUUUGAGUGUUAUAUGUGUUCUCCUAAAAGGCAAUCACAUACAGCAGAUUUAAGUACAGACAUCCCGAGAACUCGCAAGAGAAGAAAUCACAUAUAUAUAUACAUAUAUAUAUAAAAAUUAAAAAAAAAGAGUCACAUGAUUACUGGUCUGCUCGCUGGGACGAGUGCAGCCAGCGGUACUACUGGAAUGGCUUCAAAAAAGCAGCUGUGCAAGAACACAUUUUUUAAUUGUUUAUUUCAUUGUUUGUUUGUCACAUAUUUAUAUUGUAAAUACUCAUUUUUCUGUAGCUCCUUAUGUACAUAGACAGAUUGUUUAUACUUUGGGAUGAUCUUCCACAGCUUGGUGUCAUUUGAGCUUAUUACUGUGCUUAUUAAUAAGCAAAGCAGACAUAUUUUUUCAGUUGUUUUUCUAUUGUCCAUAUGAAAGGCUGAAGAUUAAAGUAAUUUUUAUAUGUGAGAA